UUUCCGAUAUCAAUAAAAUGUUUGCCUUCUAAAUUUUUCUUGUUCUUUUCUUUGAAAGGCAUGGAAAGGCUGAUCCUAAGUUAGUAUAGGGUUAGGAAAUAUUGGGCAAGUUGAGCUUGCUAUGAGUACAAUAGUUUUCCGAAGCUUUGACAGUAUGUCUGUAGUAGUGCGAAAGUUUUUCCGAGUUGAGUAGCUUGGCUAGGAAGCCAGCCCAUUUUGUAGGAAAAACUUUCAUAUCUACGAUCUUUCAAACUGUCCGACUAACUUGACAAGCCAUCCUUCGGGUUGUUGAAGUCAGGUUUGUGGCAAGCCGUCCUUCGGGAUGUUGAAGCCCAGUCCUACUAUGUAAGAAAACUAUUGUGCUUGUAGUUUGGCUGUCUUGCUUGGUGUUUCCCUGCCUUCUACAUACCCGUGGUAUCAGAGCCAGUCCAUCUCUUUCGGAGAGGGGAGCAGUUUAGUAAAAAAAUGUCUGAGUCGUUACCAUCUGCGUCCAACCCUUGUAAGUCCUUAGCAAAAAUAAAUAUGUCUCCUACUCUGUAUAAAACCCUUUCUUGCAAAUAUGACUACCUUUAUGAAGUUGAUAUUUUACCUGAUGGAAACAAAGUGUCUCCCACCGACCUACCCCUCAUAAACCCAUACUCUGCUUUUGCUAAAAAGACAUGUUCCCCGUGGUCACACGCUGAAGAAUUGUAAUUUUCUAACAAAUUAUAAGUCCUAUCGAUUCCCUUCCAUACGUGGACUCUUUUGAAUUGAAAAUUAGAGUACUUCGACUUUUUAACCAUAUGGUAAAACUUUUGAUUAAGAAAACUCCCAUAAAGUCUUGCCUAUAUAUAUUUAAAGUUUCGAAUUAUACCAUUAGCCAUUAUCGCACAAAUCAGUUUGGUAGAGGUAAUUUUUAUUUUUAUUUUUAUUAUAGAUUCACUCUCAAAGAUUUUAGUCUGUAUCCAUUUCAAUGAAAACAAAAUUAUGUGAUCAGUGAUUCUUGCUUUUUAUCAUAUACAAAGUCACUUUCAAGAAAAAAAUGACCCAUCUGAAUGAAAUAUCUUUAAUAACAUCGUUGGUUAUGUUGUUUCGUUGUGUUCCUUAAGAAUAGGUGUUAUCAGUCAUUGAAGCAUGGAUGAUGUAUCGACUUUUCUAAAGGUGGCCAUGAGUCGGUACAAUGCUUACCCGAGGUUUAGAAUGGUUUUAAGCGUUCCUUCUCAACUAAAAGCAUGGUGGAUUUAUUUGGGGGACUACGGACAGCGGGCGGUACGUGGAGCAUUAGGACACUUACCGUCUUUAAUGGAUAUCCAACCGUGUAAAGACAUCAUCGAGGCAGCAACUGUGUUUUGGGAUGAGAAGAGGGUCGUGUUUAGAUUAGGCAACAAUGAAAUGACCCCAUUGUUAGAGGAAAUAGGUGGCUACGCAGAAAAUGCUGCUUUGUUACAUAAGAAGAAAAAUGGCAGAAUUGUGGCAUGAUUAUUCCAAAGGAACCUUUACCAAAGGAAUUUGUUGACAGUUUCAGAUUCAGGAAGGGUAAAGGCGUAGAAUGCUUACAAGGGUCUACAAUAUCGUUUGAUUACUUGUAUCAUAGAUUUGGCUAUCAACAAAGCUUCACCAAUCAUCAAGAUGAAUUUUUCUCGAAUGACUCUUGGAAGCAAAAACGGUGCUUCGCUUUCGCAGUGUGUUUUUUGGGAACUAUGGUAUUCCCUAAAGGGAAAACGAGAGAUAUUCACACCCGACUUAUUACUGUAACAAAAACUUUAUUUGGUGGCAUUGACGGGAAAUACUACACUGUGGUCCCUAUGGUCGUGGCAGAUAUCUAUCGAGCGUUAGGACGUUGCAAGCACGCGUACAAGCAUUUUAAGGGAUGCAACUUGCUUUUACAAAUUUGGCUAAUGGAACAUCUUCAAAAGGUUGACAGAGGUCUAGCAUUUCGAAAGCCGACGGGUGAAAAUCACAUUCUGGGACAUGUUCCAGGCGCUAUUUUGACUAAUAGAUCAUUUGAAAAGCCAAAUUGCGUAGAAGGGUGGGUAAGACUUCUUAGCCGUUUGAACGAUGAUUCAAUUCAGUGGAUGUUCAGUUGGUUUCCAUCCGAGGGUUUGGUGUUUCGCACGAAGAUCGUACCAUUUUUAGUUUUGAUGGGACUUUGGGGCUUGCAGCCUUAUGCCCCACUGAGAGUUUUAAGACAAUCUGGAAGAAAGUAAAACAUACCUUUAGUGGCAGACAUGGAUCAUUAUCGAGCCGACUACAAAGAGGGAAACAUUCCUUUUGCAAAGGAAGUUAUAAGCAUGUGGAAAUCGAGGGAAACCAUAAAAGCAGAGUCAAUUGAGCCAAACAGAUACCAAGCUGGAUGUGAUGAUAACUAUUUGGAGUGGCUGACCGCUAACUUGGAAGGAUCAAUCAAACCCGACGUUAGUCUGAGGGGACGAAUUAAGGAUGGAGAAGUCGAAGCACACAUCUUACUCCGGCAACUGCGUAAGAAAAAUCUUGUCUCCGAAGCCGAACACCAUGCACAACUUGAGGAAAAGGAAAGGGAGGCAGAGAAAUGGAAGCAGCAGGCACUAAGUUACGAGCAAAGCAUGGAAGAAUUAGAUACACUUCUAGCUGAGCAAGGAGAUACCUGCAUCAAAGAAGGCAUCAAAACGGGAGGAGUUCUGGCCAUGUCAUACAUUAUUCAAAAUCACCGGAAGAUCAGUCAAUCAAUCCAAGCAACCAAGAGGCUCAAGUGGACGAAGGGCCUUCCUCAUGUUAAUUAGCUUAUGAAAGUCAAGUAGUAAUUGUAGUAAUUGUUUUGCAUCAGGAUUCAAAUUUUCAAACAUUGUAUGUUUUGGGGGUCUUCAAUUAAUAGCACGUUGGGAUGACAUAUAAUUGCAUAUUUUAUCCUUCAAAUCCGCGUUAGGCCUACCUAUGGCACAAAAGAGGUCCCUUGCAUAUUAGGUCGCGCUGUGUUUGCUAUAUUUCCCUUUUACUAUGUGAUUUGUUUGCUAUGCAAUAUGUGUUUCUUUCACCGUUGUUUGCUCAAUGUUCGCAUUAUUUUAAGCGGCAAUCAUUCGCACUAUACUAACGCAGUUUUCUUUAUUUUUGAAGGUUUUAUUUUAUUUUGAUUAUCCCCCCAAAGGUUGAUUCGUGUUGACUGUGAACUGACAGACCACCCGUACUUCACAAGAUCAAAAGCACGAGCAUCCAACGAUAUGAAUGAUUCAGGGGCAUCCGAACAGACUGGCUUGGGACUUGUCACCGUUCUAAGAGACGAACCCGAGGCUUCGGGAGGAGGGAAUGACGAACUCAUCGCCCAACUGAUACAGCAAAUGGCCAAUAUGCAAAGUGAAAUGGACCGACUGCGAAAUCUCACCAACCUAUCUAUUACCCUCAACACGCCUCACCAUGAACAAAGAACAAGUACGACAAUCCCACCAUCAUUUUCGCCUGUUGACUCGCCCUUUCCCUCAAACCCUCCACUUCAUACAGUCAAUCCAAGCACCAUUAAUUCACCCCCUGUCCUACAACAAAAUAGCCUGCAACAAACCAUCUCACAACAAUCCAAUCCACAACCAGCCAUCCCAGCACAGAUUAACUCACAACAAACCAUCCCGCAACAAAAUGACCCGCAACAAUCCAACCCACAACAAGUUAACUUCCAACAAGUCAAUCCGACACCUUUCACCACUCCCUAUAUUCCUCAGCCUCCAGUUAUCCAAACUACCUCACUUGCCCAAAACUACCAAGCAACUCAACACAUAUCAUUGGCACACACCGCUAACCAUAACACGCAGUAUGUGCCACCGGUAUAUGUAGCAGAAGCUCAACCUUUCACUAUCCAAUUGCAGGCCGUGCAACAUCCAGAGGUUGACCAUUAUAAGGAGAUGGAAAGGGAAGCCAGGGCGAAAGCAGACGAUAAUGUAGCAAAGGAGAUUCGCAGUCUGAAGGAAGCAGUUAGAAGCAUACAAACCCAUAAGGGAUGCGAAGGACUAGAGUACGAGGAUUUAUGUAUUCAUCCCGACAUUGAGUUUCCUGCUGGAUAUAAAGUGCCGAAGUUUGAUAUGUUUGAUGGAAAAGGAAAUCCUCGGGCUCACCUGAGGUUGUACUGUGAUAAACUCAUUGGAGUGGGAAAAGAUCAAGCCAUCAGGAUGAAGCUAUUUAUAAGGAGUUUGACGGGAGAAGCGCUCGAUUGGUACACAUGCCAAGUGUUAUACCCCAUUUUAACCGGGUUAAAGUAGAGUACAACAUAUUGGUGAUUCCUCUUUUUGUUUAUUUUAAAGAGUCGCCACCUAAUUAUUUAUGGUGAAUUAGGACACCUAAAAGUUUAUUAAAGCUAUUUUAAAGUUAACUCUGUUUUAAAAGUCUGCGAAACUUAAGAUUCUAGGUAAGGGUUCAAUUAGUCUAAAGGGAAGGUAUUAGGCAUCCUUUAAGACCCAUUAACAAUGGUUAACCGACCGGACUUAUGAUUAGUUAGGCUAAAUGUAAAUAUAGUGUUGUAGGAAAGAACGUAGCUUUGCAAAUAUAUCUAAAAUUAUAGAUAGACCUGUAAGAAUACUUUUUAAAAUAGGACU